UUGUGGUCGUCAUUAUUGUAUUGUUAGAACUUUCAACCAAUGAGUAGAAUGGUUGCGAUUUGCUCCUAAGCAUUGCUCCUGAGGCUUCACUUUCGACGGCAACAAAGAAGGUUGGUCUCUUCCAUGUCUCUCUCAGGUAGCGAUGAUGAGAUGGAAAUGGAUUUUCUUCGUGAUCGGUACCAGGAAAUGGACGGCGGAAACUUUGAAGUGUUUCUGAGUUUCAGAGGGGAAGAUACGCGUGCUUCUUUCACUUCGCAUCUCUACACGGCUCUUCAGAAUGCAGGAAUCUUUGUUUUCAAGGAUGACGAGUCACUUUCACGGGGAAAGCAAAUUUCACCCUCUUUGAGGCUAGCCAUCGAAGAGUCUCGAAUUUCUAUUGUUGUUUUCUCAAAAAAUUAUGCAGAGUCGAUUUGGUGUAUGAAAGAGUUGGAGAAAAUAAUGGAGUGUCACAGAACCAUAGGGAAUGUGGUAAUACCAGUGUUUUACGACGUUGACCCCUCUGAAGUACGUCAUCAAAGAGGCGACUUUGGGAAAGCAUUUCGACGUCUUUUGAGCAAGUUUUCGAUAGAGAAAGAGGUAAAGGUCCUGGAUUGGAAACAGCUUUGGUGGAAGACUCUUCGUGAGAUUUGUGACAUCUCAGCUCUUCAAAUCAUAUUUUCCAGUUGGACUGAAAGGAGAGACAAACUCGACAACCGAUGGAAAAAGACACUUCUUGUUCAGAUCUCAAAGAUUUUAGACUUAAAUCCAAGGUGGAAAAUGAAGAUUGCUGAUAGUAUAGAGUCCAUCGUGAGCCAGUCGACGAGGGGACUUCUUGAAGGAGAUGAAAUCCCAUUUAGAAAAGAGAAGGUUGAUGAUGUGAAGGACUUCCUCGUGAAGCAAUGGACGGAGGUAUUUUUUGAGCCUGUUAGCAUCUCAGAGGUUGCAUUACUAGAUCCAUGUGGAGAAACGAAGAUUGCUAAUGCCAUAAAAUUAAACUUGGAGCAUUGUAGGGAGGCACUUUUUGAGGCUGCUGGCAUCUCAAGGAACUUAGUCUUGAAUUUCUGCGAAGAAACGGAGAUUACUAAUGCGAUAGAACUCCACAUGAAACAUUGGAUGGACGCAUUUUCUAAGGAUGAUGGUACCGUCUUACAUUCCGGUUAUCCCUGUGUACAUAUUCAGGGUCUAGGUAACAGUAUAACAUUUAUGGAAUCCGAUUUCCAAAGUAGAUUGGAGACGGUUUAUUCUGAGAUAAGUUCGCUCAAGCUUCAUUGGCGGGAGAAAGUUCUUAAGGCUUAUGGUAACGAACUAUAUUCCAGGAGAAAAAGUGACAUAGAACGCCACUUGGAGCGUUGCGCUAGUGCACUUACUAAGGCUGCUCGCAUCUCAACAGGUUUUCAAUCAAGUCUUCGAAAGCUGAAGGCUUACAAUCGGAUAGAGAGCCUUGUAGAAUAUUGGAGGGGCGCACUCUGUGAGACUGCUGAAAUUUCGAGGUUGGUAGUUCAGUACUACAGAGGACUAACGGAUAAUGAGAUCAACUAUAUGGAGAAGAAUGCUAGGGACGCACUUCGUGAGGCUGCUGGCAUCUCCGGGCUUGUAAUCCUCAAUUCUAGGAAUGAAAGUGAGGCUGUGAAAAAUAUUGUUAAAAAUGUUACAAGUUUGUUGAACAAGACAGAGUUGUUUGUUGCCAAGAAUCCUGUCGGAGUAGAAUCUCGAGUGCAGGAAAUGGUUCAAUUGCUAGAACAAAAACAAUCAAACGAUGUUCUACUACUUGGGAUAUGGGGGAUGGGAGGCAUUGGAAAAACAACUAUUGCAAAAGCAAUUUACAAUAAGAUUGGCCGCAAUUUUGAGGAAAGGAGUUUCCUUGCAGAUAUUAGGGAGGCUUGGGGGCAAGAAGCUGGCCACGUUUGUUUACAACAACAACUUCUAUAUGAUAUCCAUAAAGAAAACAAUACAAAGAUACAUAACAGUGAAUCAGGAAAAGUUAUACUAAGAGAAAGACUUCGCCAUAAAAGGAUACUUCUUAUACUUGAUGAUGUAAAUAAAUUACAGCAAUUAAAUGCUUUGUGUGGAAGUCGUGAAUGGUUUGGUUCAGGGAGUAGAAUAAUCAUCACAACCAGAGACAUACAUUUACUUAGAGGGAAAAGAGUUGAUCAAGUUUUCGCAAUGACAGAAAUGAAUGUAGAUGAAUCCAUUGAGCUGUUUAGUUGGCAUGCAUUCAAACAAGCAAGUCCCGAAGAAGAUUUUAUUGAACUUUCAAGAAACGUAGUUGCUUAUGCUGGGGGCUUGCCACUUGCUCUUGAAGUCCUUGGGUCUUAUUUGUUUGAUAUGGAGGUAACAGAAUGGAAGAGUGUAUUGGAAAAACUUAGGAAAAUUCCUAAUGAUGAAGUACAGGAGAAGUUAAAAAUAAGCUAUGAUGGUUUAAGUGAUGAUACUGAGAAAGGAAUAUUCCUUGACAUAGCAUGUUUCUUUAUAGGAAAGGAUCGAAAUGAUGUUAUACAUAUAUUGAAUGGUUGUGGACUUUUCGCAGAAAAUGGAAUACGUGUCUUGGUAGAGCGAAGUCUUGUAACUGUGGAUGAUAAGAACCAACUUGGAAUGCAUGAUUUGCUACGGGACAUGGGAAGGGAAAUUAUUCGUUCAAAAUCACCAAUGGAGCUUGAGGAGCGUAGCAGGUUAUGGUUUCAUGAGGAUGUGCUUGAUGUGUUAUCAAAAGAAACUGGAACAAAAUUUAUUGAGGGAUUGACUUUGAAGUUACCUAGAACUAAUACAAAAUCUCUGUGCACUAAAGCAUUUAUGAACAUGAAGAAACUCAGGUUGCUGCAACUUUCUGGUGUAGAACUUGUUGGAGAUUUUGAAUAUCUUUCCAAAGACCUGAGAUGGCUUUGUUGGCAUGGAUUUCCUUUUGCCUUCAUACCAACAAGCUUUUAUCAAGGUAGUCUAGUUUCUAUUGAGUUAGAAAAUAGUAAGAUUACCAUGGUGUGGAAAGCGACUCAGCUGAUGGAGAAGUUGAAAAUUCUUAAUCUUAGCCAUUCUCAUUAUUUAACAAAGACACCAGACUUUUUGAAUUUGCCCAAUCUUGAAAAGCUUAUACUCAUGGAUUGUCCAAGGCUGUCUGAAAUUUCAUAUACCAUUGGUCAUCUCACCAAAGUUCUACUAAUAAACUUUCAAGAUUGUAUUAGCCUUCGUAACCUUCCAAGAAGUAUCUAUAAGUUGAAAUCUCUUAAAACACUCAUUCUUUCGGGUUGUCUAAAGAUUGAUAAGUUGGAAGAGGACAUAGAACAGAUGGAGUCUUUGACAACCCUUGUUGCUGACAAGACUGCUAUAAGAAGGGUGCCCUUUUCAAUAGUCAGAUCUAAAAGUAUUGGAUAUAUUUCAUUAUGUGGUUAUGAAGGAUUUUCCCGCGAUGUGUUUCCCUCUAUCAUUUGGUCUUGGAUGUCACCAGUAAAUAGUCUGUCUUCUCGUGUUCAAACAUUGGUGGACAUGUCUUCUCUUGUUUCUUUAGAUGUACAAAAUAGCAGUUCCAAUCAGCUAUCAUAUAUAUCUGAGGAACUUCCAAAGCUUCAAAGUCUUUGGAUAGAGUGUGGUUCUGAUCUUCAACUUUCUCGAGAUACAACGAGUAUUUUGGAUGCUUUAAAUGCGACAAAUUCUGAAGAAUCGGAGUCAUAUGGAACAACAUCACAAAUGCAGAAUGUAUUUACGUUAAUUGAAUGCAAUUCAAGAUCUAAAUUGUUUGAGAAGACACUUUUAAUUCAGAUGGGAAGGAGUUGGGAAAUCACACAUAUUCUGAAACAGAGAAUUUUACAGAAUGUAACUACGAGUGAUGGCGGUGAUUUGCUACCUGGCGAUUGUUAUCCAGAUUGGUUAACCUUCAGCAGCGAAGGUUCUUCUGUGACUUUUGAAAUUCCUGAAGUGAAUGGGCGUAGCUUGAAGACAAUGAUGUGCCAUAUCCAUUAUUCUUCCUCAGACAGUAUAACAUCAGACGGCCUGAAAAAUUUGUUGGUGAUAAAUCACACAAAGAGCACCAUUCAGCUUUAUAAGAGAAAUGCAUUAGCGUCGUUUGAUGAUGAGGAGUGGCAGAGGGUACUAUCAAACAUUGAUCCUGGAAACAAGGUGCAAAUUGUUGUUGUUUUCUGGAACAGAAUAACUGUUAACAAGACGUCAAUUUAUCUUAUAUAUGAGGCAAUUGUUGAUGAAAAAGUAGAGCACUAUCAUGCAUCAAAUAUGAAUGUUCCUAGGUCGAUCUCUCCCGGAGUGGAAUCCAUGGAGGACUUGAGGGGUGCUUCCGUUAAAAGCUUAACUAAACGCUUAUUCAACAAAUUCUUAUCAUGUAAAUACUUUUGUAAAGGGAAAGUUGAAAAGAAGAAAAAUUAAGGUUAAAAAUGGUGAAUGAAUGUUUUUAUGAUUACUGCAAACCUUGUAAUAAUGCUACCUUUUGCUCACUCAUGUACAACACCUAUGUAAGGAGAUGCUAUGUUCUGCAGAGGACAUUGUUGAUGAUUUGAAAUAUUAAAAUUGCGCCUUUGUUUUAAAUUA